CCCAGGCUCACUCCCCGCAGGACUCCCACCAGCCCCGCUUUCAGUGCAGGCUCCUGCYGUCCACUCCCACCCGAGGUGAACACCAGCCUCCCCGGAGCUUGCAUGGACAUUCCAGUUGCAGGAUGUCGAUGACGGACUUGCUCAGCGCUGAGGACAUCAAGAAGGCGAUCGGAGCCUUUGCUGCUGUCGACUCCUUUGACCACAAAAAGUUCUUCCAAAUGGUCGGCCUCAAGAAAAAGAGUGCRGACGACGUGAAGAAGGUGUUCCACAUCCUGGAUAAGGACAAGAGCGGCUUCAUCGAGGAGGAUGAGCUGGGAUUCAUCCUAAAAGGCUUCUCCGCAGACGCCAGGGACCUGUCUGUGAAGGAGACCAAGACACUCCUGGCCGCUGGAGACAAGGACGGGGACGGCAAAAUUGGGGCUGACGCUGUAGAACGCAGGCCAAGGAAUACCGAAGAAUUUCGGGGAUCACGCAGGGGCUUGUGCACCCUCCUCCCAGCCCCCCAGGCUAGCACCUUGUAUCACCGCGGUUCACGACAACCCCACGGAGCCCAUCGCUGGGUUUAUCUACGUGUUCUGCACCAAGUCCUGGCAGGCAGCUGACCUCAAGGGGGUCCCGGGCACUUUCUGUGGCCUUUCUGAAGCCAUCACAGCCCCUCCCCUCUCUCCAUGGUGUGAGAGAGCUGAGCCCUGGGAGCCCAUUGUCCAGCAAACGGCCAGGCCUGCCUGGAAGCCCUGGCCCUUGACCCCAGCCCRGCCCCCCCACAUCACCACGCUGCAUUUACACAGGAUUGAGGUCUGACCAGGACCCCACCCUCCCAGGCAGGCCAGAGACGUGGCGUCCCAGAGUUGCUCAGUGGUACGCGGUGCCAAAACCCUGUCCUCGCUCGUCUCCUGGGGGAGAAACAGAAGAAAAGUCCAGAAAGAUGGCUGGCUGCWGAGCCUSGGUCUCCUCAUCUGUAGAAUGAGCGUAAUAAUCAGUGAUGAGGUGAUGGUCAGGGUCAAGUGGGAUGCUGGAUGUGGAGUGUCGAGGACAACAGCGGCACUCAGUGGACCCUCAGGGACUGUCAGAGCCACGAUGGGAGCUGACAGUCAUGUGAUCACGGGUCCCGCUCACCGUGUUCUGCCACAUCCGGCAGCAGAUCCACGAACCUGGAGGAAGCACAGAGCUGUGCCCUGCGUCCCUCGGGGAGUCCCUCUGCAUCCUCUGCCUCCGACUCAUGGCCUCUGUCAUU